AAAAUACAGUUUUGGUAUUCAGUCCAUUAAAUAAUUAGAACUCAGACGAAGCAAGUAUCAUAGCAUCUGUCUGAAUUUUAAAAGGUCAUUGCUUCCGGUGAUACAGAAGAUCUGAAAAAAUGUUGCUGGCUGUUCUCAUCGCCAAUCCCGAGGGCAAUAUUCUCGUCGAACGGUUUAAUGGUGUACCGGCUGAAGAAAGGUUGCAUUGGCGAUCUUUUUUAGUUAAACUUGGAGCAGAUAACCUUAAGGGGAUUAAGAACGAGGAGCUCCUUGUUGCUUGUCACAAAUCAGUCUAUAUUGUCUACACUGUGCUUGGAGAUGUAAGCAUAUAUCUUGUUGGCAAGGAUAAUUAUGAUGAACUUGCCUUGUCAGAAGCAAUCUUUGUUAUAACCUCAGCUCUAAAGGACGUAUGCGGGAAGCCUCCAACCGAACGCCUUUUCUUGGAUAAGUAUGGAAAAAUCUGCUUAUGUUUUGAUGAGAUUGUAUGGAAGGGUUUGUUGGAGAACACAGACAAGGAGAGGAUCAAGCGGCUCAUCAGGUUAAAGGCUCCUACUGAAUUCUGAUCAGGAAACUAGUGCCACUGGAUCUGCUGAAGACAGUACUUCCCAGCUCCUGUGUACAUUGUGUGUUUUAUAGCAUCUACCUUGAAACAUCUCCACCAUGAUGGGAUCAUUGUCUGCUUGUAAACUUGUCAUGAGUGUACUUUAUCCAGCCAUGUUCAAUUCAUCUAUUUUUAAACCUUUUA